CCUGCUACUGGUUUCCCAUCCACACACACACACACACACACAGCCGCAGUCAGACGGUCUCUCCGCAGAAACGGCGCAGCAGGGGAAACAAACUCUCUUCUCUCCGCUUACAAACCAACAACAACUGUCGCAGAAGUGAAGUCCACGCGAUGUUGAGCACGAAAGGCUGCCGUUUAGUCUGACAAGACACCCUACGACGCGGAAGAGGCUGCUGAAAGUGGCUGAAGUGUGACAGCAGCUGGAGAAAUUAACCGAAGGAAAUUGAGGAGAGCCGCACGUGGAUAAACCGCCGCUGAACACAUCGGAAGAGUGGAUCGUGUCCUCUCCACUUAUACUGUUCACCAGCUGUUAACCCCUGCUUACUUCGGAGAUGAGUGCCAAGUCAGCCAUCAACAAGGUGGUAUUCACACCCCACGACGAGAAGAUGCUUGCUGCUGUGCAGGUGAAGCGGAGGACCAAGAAGAAGAUCCCCUUCCUGGCCACUGGUGGGCAAGGAGACUACAUGACCUUCAUCUGUGUCUCAGUGACAAAUAGGAAACCCUCCCAUGUAUCCAUCACUAAGGUGAAGCAGUUCCAAGGAUCUUCUGCCUUCGUAAAAAGGUCACAGUGGACAAUCGACCAGCUACAACAGGUCAACGGCAUUGACCCGAACAAAGACUGUCCAGAGUUUGACCUAAUGUUCGAGAAUGCUUUCGACCAGUGGGUCGCUGGUUCAGCAGGAGAGAAGUGCACCUUCAUCCAGAUUCUUCACCACACCUGCCAGCGCUACAGCGCAGCAAGGAAACCAGAGUUUGUCAACUGCCAGUCCAAACUGCUGGGGGAAGACCAAGCUGUAGAUUCAGUCAUUUUCCGUUGCAAGGUCUAUUUGAACAGAAUGCGGAAAGAAUUUUUUGCACGCCACGGUCAUCUGCUAAGACGAGGUAAGCCAGUACAGUAAAGUAUGCAAAACUACUUGGACUAAAUGAACCCUUACUAAAAAGUGUUGAGGUCAUCCAGAAAACAAGGAAAAACAAGUUUCUCUUUUUUAAACAAGAGUGUUGCUCACCAACAAGUGAUGAAUCCCAAUAGAAGUCACGCUUCAUAAGAGGCGUGACUUAUCUCACAGCGAACAAAUUAUGAUCAAUUAAGUAUUAAGAAUAUCUAAAGCAGUACUUGCACUUACAAGAUCUGACUACACUAAAUUAGGUUGUUGUUAAAAGAAAACAAAGCCUUCCCCUGCCUUCUGAACUGAGGGCUCUGUGCUUGGCUCUCAGGGAUUGUGUUGUCAAGUUUUAAAGAUAUAGUGAAGUUAAUAUUUACACACACACAGAGCUUGCCUCUGUAUGCUCCCAGUGAGCACAAGGUCAACAUUUCCCUGGUUUGUGUUUUCACUGUCGGGGGUGGACUACAUGCUGAAAGGGAUUUUUUUAAGUUUACAUCCAAAGCUUAUGUGAGUUAUGUUCACUGUCCUUGCCCCUCACUGUCACACUGUGUGCAGAGUCGCUGAGUAAUGCUUUGCAGAGGUAAAUCACAUUUUGACGUACGAGGGCAGUACAAUGACGGAGUGCUUCUUCCUUAAUGGUUUCCUCAGUAUUCUGUACUUCUGUAUAUCAUUUCACACAUUAACAUUCAAGCUCAGACAAGAUUAUGAUGAAAUUGAUGACCGUUUAAUGCAUUGUGUGCUGCUGACAUUUAUCUGCUGAUUAAAGCCACUGAGAAUAGGCUGUUCAUGAAUGCCUAUUGGCUAUUUUCCCAGUCGGUACAGAAUGUUCCACGUUUGUCCCCAUUGGUGUCCUUAAUUAAUGCCUCGCUUUUUAACCAGCAAGACAGUGACUUAACUAAAGGCCGACUGAGCGAUCGAGGUCAAGCCUUUCCCCUCAUGAAAUAAUGUCAGGGCUGAGUGAUGCCUUGCUUUUAUCUGAGUGGUUAACCGAAGGUUUUAAGGAGUCGUUCAGGCCACGCAUCUGCCUCACUCCAAAGUUAAAAAGUGCCUGUAGGACACAUGAAUAUAUGCAUUAAAAGUAAAUGCAAUUUUGUUCAAGAAGCGCAGAGCAAACACAAUAUCUAUACAUAUUAAUGACUAUUUAUAAUAGGAUCAUUUGUCCCAAACCUCAGCACUGGAUGACACAUUUUCCAUUAACUGUUGAGUAAUAGUGCAAUGGAUUUCAUGUAGGUCAAAGAUGAUGCCAAGCAAGUCAAAGUCCUGGAUGCCGGUGGUGGUGGGGAAGGGGAGGAGCAACAUUGUGGUGAUUGUAAGAAAAUGAUAUAAUGAGGCACAUACUUUGGGUGUAUGCAGUUUGUAUUUCACACAGAGAGAGAGAGUGUUGUAUCAGAGAAAGCCGGAAAUGUACAGAUUGCUAAAUGAUUUGGAAACGUAGAGAAAGGGAGAACCGCUGUGUAUAAAAGGUUUGGGAGUGACCAUUGAAAGUGAGAAUGAACUGUUUAGGGAAUAACUGCAGGAGGAAUGAGGAGAAAAGUGAUUGGAGUUUCAUUAUGCUGCUGCAGAUAAUGUCAAGAUUUGCAUUAAUGAAAUGGCAGCAGGGUUUUUACUUGCUGCAUAGCUGUGUCUUUAGGCCCCUAGGAUGUUGAUUACAAUAGCCAUUUCUUGUUUUGUUUCUCAUUUUAUGGAUCAUUAUUUUACUGUACGCAUAAUCUGUUUGAAAUUGCCAAGUAGCAGCAUUGAUUCUUUAAGCCUCUGCUGUAUUUAUGAUAGACUUGCAUCUCUAGUUGUUAAUGUACUCUGUAUAGCAAACGGAUUCUUGUCCAAUAGCAUGUAUCCUCACAACAGUAUAUGAUUUAAAGAUAAAUUAAGACGUUUUGUCGGUUACACUGAAACUGUAAAUACAGUUGUGGUUCGGGUGGAAUUCAUCAUAAAAUUGCAAUUAUAAAACGUAACUGUAUAAUAUUCCUUGCACUCUUCUUUGGUAACUUUUAUGGCCAGUUCUCUAGCAGCAACAGGGGAUUUUGUUGAUUUAGGUUGAAAAUGUUAUUGUUUUAUAUAUUGUAUUAUUAUUGAUACAAUAUGAAAUGUUUAACACAUUGAAACAGACACAUUUGACAUGAUCCUGUAUUCACUCAUUUUAAAUCAACCAUACAUUUUUAAAGUAGUUGACUGUAUAGAUCAGUUUUGUGCAUUUUUUUUCCUGCUGUUUACAGAUUUAAUGUGAUUUUGUACUUAAACUAGUACAGUAAAAUGUAAUCAUGUUGUAUGUCAAGCAGAAACUUGGAAAUUAAGGUCCAGGUUGACAAUAACUGCAAUUACUGAGUCGAUUCAGAGUGGAGAGGCUCUCGAUAGGUUGGUGCAGCUUAUGUGAAGAGUUGGGAUCACUUUCAGAAAGAAACAGAAUGCUUCAUAAGUUUCUUUGGAUGAAUAACGAAAUCCCUCCGGUAAUAUCAGGGUAUUAAGGAGAAUUAUUGAUGGAACUUGUCGAAGUGCAGAUAAGUAUGUGCUCGGUAAUAGAAAUUAUUGUAAGACACACUCUCCCUUCAGACACCCCCACGUUAUACCCCGCACCAUUAUCCUGGAGCAGUGAUAAUAGGAUCAUAUACACUGCCAGAGUGAGCGUAUUAAAAGCCCUGUAAUAUGUUCUGUAUUGUUUGAAUGGAUCUUUUUGUGUAGGUGUGUUUGUUCUUGAAGUAAACCCUUGAAUCUAAUCUAUCCCAUAUACUUUGCGAGUAAGUGUGACUUGGCUGUCAGCGUCUCGUAAAGUGUAGCUGAAAUGUUCCCGUUGAUAACCAUCAGCUUACUUUCAUCAGCGCCACAGCAGCACAGCCUGUGAUCUACUGCCUACAGCAGCGCUGGAGAAGGAGGGGUUGACUUUGAAUGAACUCUCCCCUUCAUGUUAUGUUUGUCUUUGCUCAUAGUUUCUAUUUUCUGGAAUAUUUUGUUUUUGUUCAGUCUCCAUUGUUAAAGAAACACUGGCUUGAUAUGAUAUUAUGGGAUAUGACAACAAAAUUCCUCCCGCAUUGUUGAGAGAGGCGUGCCACAGGACCGGCCUCGUACUGCAUCAACAAUGCCAGUUGACAAAAAUCAUCACAAAAAGCCCCUCUUGUAGAUGCACCAGUCAUCAGUGUCAUAACAGAAAAAAAGUCUCCUGCGUCAGUAAAAUGACUGUAAUAUUAUCAGUAAACCUCCAAAGUAACACAAGUAGCUGUUAAUACUGAUAACACUGACAACUGAUCAGCUCCCACUUUAAGUUAAGAGUCACUAAGGCUGCAGCGAGGCCACCACAUUACAUAAUUUACUCCUACAUAUCUUUCAUUCAGCUCUUUCAUGAGCUUUUCCAGAACAUCUCCAGCCUGCCUUUUACUGUAAUUACAUUCUCCACUGGGGGAGCCCACGCUGCAGCCCGCCACUGAUCUCUGGUGAGAAGAAAGACUCCAGAGAAAGGAAAAUAUAAGUGCAGACAAAUGAAGGGAGAUGUUCUCUUGAGUAUAUGGUGGGGAAGGGUUGUGAGAGUGGGGGUUAUAUUGAGGAUGAUGGCAGUAUCACUUCCUGGGCUCUUCCCGGGGAGGAGGGGAUUAAGAGGAAUCUGUCUGAAGGUGAAACGGACAACCUAAAGCUUCUCAGUCAAAGUAUUAUUAUUUAUUUUUUCUUUCAAAUGGAAGCAGAGCAGGGAUGUCUUUUAGCCUGUGCAAACCAGAAAACACUUUUUCAAUGUAUGAUUACACAUGAUUUGCUUUGCAGUAAAGUAAAUAUAGUUGUAGACUAUGGAGUUCUUGUAUGCCGUAUACUGUUAGCAAAUGAAAACGCAAUCCUGACAGGUGUGAAGCUUAUUUCAUCAUAUGUCAAGAUGUUUUUUCAUGUGCAAUGUGUCCUCUACUCUGUGGUUCAUUUAAAGUAAUCUCUGGAAAAUGUAACAAAGAAAGGCCUUGUGUAUGCGUUUCCAUUCCCUUUUGUGUGCGUAGCUGGAUGAACAUCCAUCUGUGUGUCUGCGGCACAGGUGUGUCUCUGUAUGAACGGCUUUGACUUUAUCAAGUUAACUUCUUUUGAAGGAACACCAGCUGCUUUCGGGCUGUCAUAUAACCCUCUGCAGUAGAGCAUAGCUGUCCCAAUUAUCUGUCACUCAGCCUACCUGCUUUGAUGCCACGGGACAUGCGCUCACUGUAUUGCAAUUUCCUGUGGGAGUAGAUCGAAUCUGGCUCGUUAAGUCUUAAUACAGCCAAUACCGUCAAGCUUUGAUCGGUCUGUUUCUUCUCCUCAAACUCAUUUGCUGUAUUUCCAAAGAUAUAGACCCUGGAAAAAUCGAAGCUUAUCUUUCCACCGGGUGUUUGUUGUGUUUUUCUUUCUUAUUUUUCACUUCUCCACUUUUUAAAGUUGGGUAAGAGCUGACAGUGUAGCUGGGUAUUUGACCGUCCUGGACCGGCUUCACCAAAUCAGUAACCUGAAGAUAUAUAUUCUAAAAGGCAGAAUAUUGUGCCCCGAGUCAUUUUUGGGGGUCUUUUUAAAUGCUGGGAUUCUUGUGGUGCCACUCUGGUGGUGUAAUUAAAAUGGCAUGUAUUGCUCUGUAUUGCUCUGUAUUGCCGACAAAGAGAAAGCAGCAGGAAGAUUGCUGUUCUGAGGCUCGUUGCUACCAUGGCGCAUAACUGCAGUCCCGACGUGCGGUAGAUUAAUGGCUUGUCAGAGGAAACAUCCGCAGGGCUGCCACAGUUAUCGGAAGAUGUGUUCUCUGUCUUUUAUCCACUACUGGAUCUCCAGGGCUGCCCAUGCAGCCAAGCACAUAGCAUCUCUUUAUUACAAUAUAGUGAGGAGAGGAGAAGAUGAGAGGGGAGGAGAGGAGAGAAGGAGAAGGAGAGGAGAGGAAUGACAUGCUUUCUUUAAUCCGGUCUUGCUGUUGCUUGUUUAAAAGGUUAAUUCCACUUGAUCUUUCCUUGAAGUAGGUCAACUUUGAAGGAAACUCAUUAGCCACCUUACCAUGUUGCACCUGAUGGAAGCUAUUUACUGCAUCAUGUUUUAGUCUUCCAGAAUUAACACCAAUGAUUGUGGUCACUGAUUUAAAUACAUGCUUCUAAUGUCACAGGUACAUUUGUUACAACUGGUCUCUUAAAUUCAGUUGUUCAACUAGUGAAUCUCAAUUCUUUCCUCUUUCGUGUCCCACUUUUCUUCUUCACUUGUCUUGGCUCUGUCUUGCCUCUGUCUUGCCUCUUCACCCCCCCAACCCUU